UUUUUUUUUAUAAAUCUUCGGCGCGAUUGAUAUUUUAUUCCAACUAUUGUGCGCUUCUCUCCGCCGAGUCCGCAGUCCUUGAUAUCCUCGCAGCUCGCCCUUCAGGCUUAGGAAAAUAAUUCUAGCCUUUCAAUCUGUCAAAUAUAGGUGGUCAUAUACCAUAGUUCCUAAGAAUAUAAGAAUAUUCUGCGGAAUUGUCUUACAAUUAUAGUAAUUCGCAAUGGCACCUAUGGUCACUGGCAAAGAGCGCGAGUCGAAUCUCGCUCGACUCCUCGGUUCCGGUUCCGCCGGUAUUGCCGAGCUAGCUGUCUUUCAUCCCGUCGACACCAUCGCGAAGCGAUUAAUGAGCAACCAGACGAAGAUCCGGAGUGCUAGUGAGCUAAACAAGGUUGUCUUUAAGGAGAAGGCAGCAGCACCGUUUGGUCGCAAAUUCUUCUCCCUCUUCCCAGGUUUAGGUUAUGCCGCAGGAUACAAGGUCUCUCAAAGAAUAUACAAGUAUGGCGGCCAACCGAUUGCUCGAGAUUACCUUGCGGCGCACUACGGCAAGGACUUCGAAAGCGCAUUCGGAAAGAAGACCGGAAAGGCAAUUAUGCAUUCGACUGCUGGAAGUUUGAUCGGUAUCGGUGAGAUUGUCCUGCUUCCUUUGGACGUGCUGAAGAUCAAGCGCCAAACAAACCCGGACGCAUUCCGAGGACGUGGUAUUUUCAAGAUUAUCUCCGAUGAGGGCUUUGGAUUAUACAGAGGUUGGGGAUGGACAGCGGCUCGAAAUGCCCCUGGAUCAUUUGCGCUCUUCGGUGGCUCAGCCUUCACUAAGGAAUACUUCUUCAAGCUCAGCGACUACAACAAGGCGUCGUGGUUCCAGAACUUCGUCGCUUCUAUUGCCGGUGCCUCGGCUUCUUUAGUCGUUUCCGCGCCCCUAGAUGUUAUCAAGACUCGUAUUCAGAACCGGAAUUUCGAGAAUCCCGAGAGUGGUUUCCGAAUCUUGUCUAACAUGGCCAAGAAUGAAGGAUUCUCUAGUUUCUUCAAGGGAUUGGUGCCCAAGCUUCUCAUGACUGGGCCGAAGCUUGUGUUCUCAUUCUGGCUUGCCCAGACUCUUAUCCCGGCGUUUGACACGAUGCUUAAGUAGAGUGCCGAAUAAUAAGGGAGCGAGUAGAUGGGAUUUAGUUGGAAUGUGUAAUGAUAGAUCCAGGCGCCAAUGGUCCGCUACAUGUAUAUAUGACGGAGCCGGCGUUUUUCGGUCGUGGACAACUAGCGAUUCGACCGGUUUUGACUUAUUAGAUGGCCACAGAGACUUCAAGAGGAUAGAUGAGGAGUUUCUAUCUUCAGGACGAAAUAAAUAAAUAAAACUCGACUCUAAAUAACACCAUCUAGGAACGACAUGUUGUGUAAGAUGUUAUACUUGUAGCUAUGGUCCUAUGGAUAUUGUACCAGGUUAGACACGGAGUUGAUAUGUCUACCUAGUAUAGUAUUUCUUCUUCUUUUUCUUUGAAGUCCUGCCAUAACUUAUAUAUAUGUACCAACACUGGCUAGUAUAUUCAAGUUGAAUUAUUCUU